GACAUUUGUGAAUAAACCAUAGAGUUUCCGAUCGUCGCAAACGGUGCUUUUAACUCGCUUACAAAGAGGAAACACGAGAAAUGAAUAAGUUCACGUUUAUAUUCGUCAUUAUCGUAAUUGCUCUGUCGAGAAGCGGAGAAGGUAGAAACAGAAAUGCCCAAGACCGCAAUUCCAUUUACGAUGUGCUAAAGUUAAAUAGAAGAAGUAACAUUGUUAGCGGUUCAUUACGUCGUAUAACUGAUGAUAAUCCAACUACUAAUCCAACUAAAACACCUACUGUUAUACCUGCCAUUAAAUCCGUUGAUGUACCUGUUGAAAUCUUAAAUCAACUUCCACCUGCUGAAAUCGUAAUUCAACCUGCACCUUUCAACGUAAUUAUUCCAGGAGCUAUAUUGUCAAGUGGAAGAAUUUCCUUCAAUAGGGUAAUCCGAUCAAUCCAUAUGUAAAAAGAUUACAAUUGCUCACGUGU